AUGCUUCGACCCCUUUUCCUCACGGCUUUGCUCGCCUUUGGCGUUCAAGCUCUCCCCGCUGAGAUUAUCGAGAGACAAUCUCCUGGAUGCACGCAUUCUGCUACCUCUAGAGAUUGCUGGGAUGCCACCACCAAUAUCAACACGGAUUAUUCCACUACCUGGCCCAAUACUGGCAUCACUCGUGAGGUAGAUGGGUCCUUUGAGGGCUCGAUAGUUGUUAUUCGAAGCUUGGGCUAACAGUUACUCUAGUACUGGUUGACUCUCCAGAAUGUAACCUUGGCACCCGACGGCUUUGCUCGCACCAUGUUGACUUUCAAUGGCUCUUAUCCUGGACCCCCGAUCACCGCAAGUAAGGGAAUUUGAUUCCGGGCUCGCAGGGGCAUCGUUCUAAUUGGUGUGUUCGCGUUUAGACUGGGGUGAUCUUGUCAAGAUCCACGUUACCAAUAAUUUGACCAACAAUGGGCGAGUCAAUUGCAAUUUCUUUAUGUUACCGACCUUGAGAUAGCUAACAGUUUACAGAACAUCUAUCCACUGGCACGGAGUCAGACAGUUGAAUACGUUCCAAAACGAUGGAGUGAACGGAGUCACACAAUGUCCCCUGUCCCCCGGAACAACCCAGACUUACACCUGGCGCGCAACUCAGUACGGAACAUCGUGGUAUCACUCUCACUUUGCAGUCCAGUACCCCGAGGGUCUUGCAGGCCCUAUCGUCAUCAACGGACCGGCUAGUGCAAACUACGACGUAGAUUUGGGCGCCGUAAUGGUGACCGAGUGGUAUCACAAUACCGCGUUCUCCACCUGGCAUUAUGCGGAAACCGUCGGACUCCCGCAGGCGCAGAAUGGGUUGAUCCACGGGCAGAACGUUUUCGGAUCUGGGGGAUACCGGUGGAACACCACUUUUGUUCCUGGAAAGAAGUACCGUUUUAGGUUCAUUAACACCGGUGUCGAAUCGGCAUUCCGUCUCUCGAUCGACGAUCAUCAGUUCAAGGUUAUCGCCGCCGACUUCGUCCCCAUCACUCCCUACACUGUUGAUUCAAUCCUUAUCGGCGAUGGGGAGCGGUACGAUGUCAUCGUUGAGGCAAAGUCCAACUCCACUGCUAAUCUGAAAAACUACUGGCUCCGAGCAACAGUGCAGACUGCCUGCAGUACGGGCGUUGACAAUCCCCUCAAUAUCAAGGGUAUAAUCCGGUACGAGGGGGGUCCGACCAGCGGCGACCCAACCACCACCGGCGUGGCGAUCCCGCAGAACUGCGCCGACGAACCCAUCUCCAGUCUGGUGCCCGUGGUGCAGAAGCCGGUUCCUCAGAUCGACCUCUCGGGUGCGCAGAACCUCUUCUGGGGCCUCAACGUUUCCCCCGUCAUUAGGUGGACGCUGGGGGGCGUGUCGACCCGUGUCAACUGGAGCCACCCUACCCUUCAACUCCUCCAGUCCACCGGAACCUACCCGACCGAGUACAACAUUAUCGAGUUGCCCGAGCACAAAUGGUACUACUUUGUCAUCGAGGAGACAACCGUUCGUUUCGCGCAUCCCAUCCAUCUCCACGGUCACGAUUUCCACAUUUUGUACCAGGGCAACGGCACCUUCAAUGCUACUGAAGCUUCGCUUGGCGCCAGGUGGUCCAAUCCCCCGCGUCGUGAUGUUGCGAUGUUGCCCGGCCAGGGUUACAUGGUUAUUGCUUUCGAGGCCGAUAAUCCGGGUAUCUGGGUCCUCCAUUGCCACAUUGUAAGCUCCCUCCUCCACCUAUCACUAUGAUAAUCUAUAUCAGAGCUAACUAUUCUGGUCGGAAAAAAAACAGGCAUGGCACGUAAGCGCGGGCUUCGCCCUCCAAUUCCUCGAGCGCCAGGGCGAUAUCACCGGCGUGGACAAUUCCACUCUGGGAGAGAUUUGCUAUAACUGGAACACGUACGAGACUACGGCGACCCAUUUCCAGGAGGAUUCUGGACUCAAGAAGAGGGGGUUGGAGUUUGAUUCGGUUAUGUGAAGGGCCAUUUUUAAAACAAAAAUUUCCGUUUCACGCGAAAGACUAUUUGUUUUUGUUCUUCCUCUCUACCGGUAGUUUUCUUUUUUUCUUCUCAGAUUAAAAUUGUUUAUAAGAGAAUAUAUAAUCUCUCUAAUU